AUAAUUUUGUUGAACUAGUUUGUUUUGAAAAUUUAUUUACAUUCUGAAGCAAAACAAGAACAGAAUAAUUUCCCAAAAUAUCUAAAAUGUCCAUGAAUAUGGAUAUUUGCAUCGUAUGUUUGGAAUCCAAUGGAGAUAUAUUAUCACGCCUGACUGCUGGAUCAAUGGAAUGGAAUAAAUACAAUGUGCAACAGAUUAUUGAAAAGCAUUUAUGGUGGUGGCACAUUAAGGCCAUCAAUGAAGAAUUGAAUCCAAAGUGGAUAUGUAAUGAGUGCUGGUCGCGAUUGUGGUCCUUUCACACAUUUUUUCUGCGAGUUCAAAAGUCACAUAAUUUGUUUAAUUCCUUAGAAAAUUGUGUAGCUAAAGAAAUAUUACCAAGUUCCACAACCGACAACAAUUCAGACACAAAAGAAGACAUUUUGAUGGCAGAUGCAUCUCUUAAUGAGGAUUUAAUACCCUUGGCAAAAAGGAAACGAGGUAGACCCCGUAUACAAAAAGAUGUCAUAGACUGUGUGACAAUUGAGAAAGAGGAAACUGAGGCGCUUGAAACAGAACAAACAAUUGAAACAUCCAAUGGAUUAUCAACAAAUAUACACGAUAGCGAUGAUGGCGGAGAUCAAAGUGAUAAUCAGGAAUAUGAAAACGAUUACCAAAAUAUUGAGGCCAGUGAUAAUAAAACUUCUUCGGAUGAAGAAGAAAUAAAUGAAACUAUUCCCCUAAAACAGAGAAAAAGUAGGGAAUGCAAAACUGUAACGAAAAAGAAGAAACCUGCCGAUGGUUCUGCUGUUCAAUUAACAAGAAAAUAUGAUGAAUUUAUAGCUCAAAAUCACGAGUUAUUUUGUAGUUUAUGCCACAUACCGCUGGAAGACUUCAAUAUUUUAAUUAUUCACUUUCGUGAUGAGCACAAUACCAAGCCAUAUGCAAUGUGCUGUGAUAAGAAAUUUUACAAGCGUGCCGUGUUUGUGGAUCAUUUGCAUGUCCACAAGGAUCCCGAAUACUUUAAAUGUGAACAUUGUGGCAAGGUUUUCGCCAAUAGACGUUGCUUGAAAAAUCAUUUGGAGUGGCAUGAUGAAUCUCGAAAGCCUCGAUUUAAUUGCAGCGAAUGUGGCAAAGAUUUCUUUAGAAGAGGUAGUCUAGAAAAACAUCGUCUGCUCCAUGUGCCGGAAGAGCAACGACAAUUCCAAUGCAACGAAUGUGAGAAGAAAUUUGCUUCGGAGAGUUUGAGAACUCAACACAUCAAAGUAACUCAUUUGUAUGUUAAACUAAUCUGUGAUAUUUGCGGCAAAGCUUUCCGCGAAAGGCAUGCUUUCCAAAGACAUUUAACUGAACAUACGGGUGGGCCAUCGCCCAACAUAGAAUGUGACAUAUGUGGCAUGAAAUUGACCAGCAUUUAUGGUCUCAAUCGCCACAAAAGAUUACGCCACACCGAAGAAAAUAUGCAGGAACAAGUUUGUCCGUAUUGUUCCAAAGUGUCACCGAACAUUGCAGCACAUAAGAGUCACAUUCAAUAUUCCCAUACUAUGCAGCGCAGACAUGCCUGUCAUUUGUGUGACAAGGCUUUUAGACGACCGAAAGAGUUAAAAGAACAUUUGAGCACCCAUACAGGUGAAGCUCUGUAUACCUGCCCCCAUUGUCCGCGAACAUUUAUAUCCAAUGCCAAUAUGCAUAAACAUCGAAAGAAUGAACAUCCCAAAGAGUGGCAAGAGGCGCGUAUGAAGCGUUUAAGUUCUAUGAAAAUUCCAAUUAGUGCAAUACAAACAAGUACCCCUGUCGAAGGAAAUUGAAUAAAACGUUUAAGUCGAAAUGUAGAUGUAAGUGCAAUAGAUCUAGUUUAGGACGUAAAUAUAAACAGCGAAAUUGUAAAAAUGUAGAUAUAAUUGUUUAGAGUGUAUAAAAUAAAUAGUUUAAUCUUUAUAACAUAA